GUUAAACGGUUUUAGCGGGGAGGUUUGCAGUUUACCCACCGAGUAUUAUUCCGAGUUUACACACGAGCUGUAAAGCAAAGAGGGAAGUCCUUCAUUUUAGAGCAUUUAUUUUCUCGUCAAUAUGCUAUUGGUUUAGCUUUAAAAUAAAUAGCGGAGCAACGAGCAUCGUAUUCCCUCUUCAGAAACCCGGAUAUCAAAGGCCGUCAACAUGAACUCCGUACUAACAUCCGUGCGGUCCCUCAUGCAAAUGUUCGAUGGCAAAGCACAAGAAUUUGCCAAUGAAAUUGAGAAUGUUCACAUGGUUUGGCUUGAGGAGAUCCAACAGGAAGCCAACCGCAUGUUCUCAAGAGAUUUUAAUGCUGAACCAGAAUUAAUGCCAAAGACACCAUCACAGAAAAAGAAUAGUCGCAGGAAGCGCGUGUCUCUGGGUCGCCAGGAAGAAAAUCAAGCCAGGCGAAGAUUUUCAAAGGGAAAGCGCAGCAACCUUCGUGGUUCUUCUGUCAAAUCACUGAACUUCAUUGCUGAAGAAGAGUCUGUUCCCGAGGCCUCGACCUCUGAAACCACCACACAGCCUAAACGUACCACUCGCAAAAACAAACAAAGAAAGUCUGAGGUGACGGAGGAAGUGAACCAGUCAACUCAUGGAAACUGUGAAACUGAGAAGGUGGAGAACAGGAAGCCAGAGCUCGUAGAAGAGCUGGACAAAAGUAACGUAGUGAACGAUGCAAAAGUGGAGCCAGACUAUGCACCUAGGACUCCACCUAAGACACCCGCAUCUGGGGUUGUUGUCAGCACUUCUCCGGCAGACCCGUCUCCACCUAAAAUACCCUCACCUGAAGUUAUUGUCAGCAUCUCUCCAACAGACCGCUUGUCUGCUGAGAUUGCUCUCCAGCCAGAGCCUUCUCCUGGCCGCACAGCUGCUAAGAUUGCCAUCGCUGGUGCAGCUCAAAGCUCGCGGCGGAGCUCUGUACGCUGCUCCCUCAAGCUUCGUCACUCGCGGGCUGGUCUACGGCACAGUAUGACUCAGGAAUCUGUUCGCCGUGCCUCACGUCGCUCCAUGCUCAAGAGGAAGGUGUCUCGUGUGUUCAAUGCCACAUCUAGCAGCAACACUGAUGAGGACGCAUGUAUGGGCUCUGUAGAAGAAGAGGAUAAAGAAACCAAUUAUGAAGCUGUAACUGCUGAUACAGAGGAUAAUUCUGCAGCUGAAGAAUCAAAGGAAACUCCAGAGAUCGAGGUUAACCAACGCAUAAAUCCUUCUAUUGGACGCAUUACUCGAUCUGUGGCUGCACACUCUCCCAAAUUGGCGCCUCCAUCAUUGUUUACCACUGAGCAAAAUAUGAGCACUCCAAACAGCAGAACAGUCAUCGCUGAGAAGCAACAGUCUUCCAAGUCCAAACGGAAGUCACGCCAGAGUACCAAACGCAAAGCACCAGAUACUGUAGAGGAAAGUCCCACAAAGAGGUUCUCCCCUCCGAAGAAAAGUCAGAGUGCCAUCAGACCCAACAUGAGGUCUUUCCUCCAAACUGUGCAGAAGAAUCAGAUGCUGAUGAUGACUCCAAAUACCCUCGGCCGCACUGGUGUUAUCAAGUCCUUCAUUAAACACACCACUCCUAUGAAGAUUGAUCCUAAGUUGAGCACUGGUAUAGUGACCAAAGAGCGCGUCAAACUGGAAGCACUUAAAAAGAAACAGGAGCAAGAGGAGGAAAGAAUGAAGAAAAUGGAGGAUGAGAAAAAAAGGAAACAGGAUGAACUUAAAAGGAAAAGGGAUGAGAGGCUAAGGAGAGUGUUUGAGGCCAAAGUAAAAGAAGAGCAGAGGGAGGAGGAAAAGAAAAAGAAGAUUGAACAAAAAAUGGCCCAGAUUGAUGAGAAAAAUGAUAAGCGUCAGGCAGAGGAGAGGGCUAAGAAGAAGGCGGCUAUGAAGCGCCAAGAGGAGCUCGAGCAGAAAAAGAAGUUGGAAGACGAGGCAAAGAGGAAGAAGAUGCAACAAGCAGAGGAGGAGAAGCGGCAGCAGGAGUCACUGGCCAAGAAGAAGGCAGAGGAGGAAGAACAGUUAGCUCGUAAGCUGGCUGAAGCUCGCAGAGCCUUGGAGCUAAAGAGAGAGCAAGAACGUGAGAGGGAGAGAGAGCUAGAGAGAGAACGACUAGCUGCUGCUGAAAGGGUUUGUUGUACUGACUUGGUGUCUGUCAGGGAGCGUGUGGAAAGGGAAAAAGCUCUCGCUCUACAACGGGAGCUGGAGAGAGCAGCGAGGGAAAAGGAGAGGAGAGAACUGGAGGAAAAGAGAAAGGCACUGGAGGAAAGAAGAAAACUGGAGGAGCAACUGAGAUUAGCUGCAGAAGAAAAAGCUGCGAAAGAGAGAGAAGCUGCUAAACAAAGAGAAGCUGCCGCCGCUGCUGCUGCUAAACAGACCGCUGCUGUACUGAAUGUGACCAUGGAUAUCGAGCGCUCUGUAAUGAGCACGCCUGUAGGAAAAGGUGGUGGCCUAAACGUGACUGUGGAUAUUGAGAAAUCACCACAAUCAUACGUCAUCACUCCAAAGGGCGGAAACAAACCCUUGAUGUCCAAAAGUGCAGAAGAUUAUGGGAUGGACCAAAACAGUGACGACUCUACUGAUGACGAGUCUGCCCCAAGGAAACCCAUUCCAUCCUGGGCAGAAGGUCACAAUCUGCAGCAGAUAAUAAUGAAGCAGUACUUUAACCCUCCUGAUUUAGACUCUAUCUUUGGAACAGUUGAACCACCCAGACUGGAAAAUAUCUUUUACAAGAAGAAGCCUCGCUAUUUUAAACGCACCAGCUCUGCUGUGUGGCACUCGCCUCCAGUGGGAUCCAAGUAAAGUCUGUACACUGAUACAAAUGUACUUUGUUGUAUAAAGUUUUCAUUUUGUGUUGAAGUCCAAUAAAGUAACAUGUUUUCCCCUUUAUAUUAAAUUGUUUUUAUGGUUUUAGGCAUCUGUGUUUUAGUAAUAUUGUUAGUAGUCUGUAAAAUAUCAUGAUUCAGAGUGAUACACAAGUGAUGCUUUUACUUGUACUUGAAAAGGGUGUGUAUUAUAACCCAGUGGGAUAUUAAAGUUUUGUUUUUGUUUUUUUCCUCCCAAAUGAUCAGUAAAAACUUUCUUUUGUAUGAUUGUGUGUACUGACUGUAAAUGAUAGCAGAAUUCUCAUGUCUGGGAUUUAUUCAAAUACAAUAAAAUGGUUGAUUACGGCAAAA